AUGAGUGGUCUUGUCCGCCCCGCCCGAGGCGGACUGAGUGCCCAGAACAAAGUAACGAAACCCCAGUCCUCUUCGGCCGCACGAAGACAGAACCAGAACCACCAUCAACAGCAGCUACUUACCGCAGCCGUGCUCGAGCAACAGCACCAGGCGAACCAGACCAACCCGAGCAUUCACCAUUCGCUGGGCGCACCCAGUGAAGACACAGAACACCUUCAGCUCCAUCAUCCCCAACUACAAAGCCAACACCAGCACCACUUGGCAAUACACCACGAUCCGCUCGUCGGCGCGGGCCUGGACGAUCCAAGCUCUCACACACACGCACACCCCCACGACUUACACGAAGACCACCACCAUUCCAUAGUAGACCUGGAUCUGCCCGAGACCGAUGACAACCACAAGCCCGACCAUACUACGCUACACGACCCGUCCGUUGCAAAGGUUCCAACCGACGUGGACACUCAGUUGACCCAAAGCAUGGACCUGAGCGGCCCUGAUGGAAGCCUUCUAGAUGGCAACUCGAGCCUGCUGGACGACGGCGGUGCUGCCUAUGAUUCCCCGCCCGCGGACAGCCCGCCGGACCACCAAUCUGUAGACGCAACAUCAGUGGCGCAUCAUCAGCAUCACGCUAUUAAUAAUUUCGAUACGUCGAUGCGCUCGACUGGGGACAUGGCACGCGUUUCAGGCUACAAUGACUACAAAAUAGAAUCUGCAUUAGCAAAGCGUCUAUAUAAGGAACCCGGUAUGCGCCCCGCUCAACAGCGGCGGCCGGAGCAAAUGUUGAAUCUCCAGAGGCGCAGCAACGUCGAGGCUCUGUUUGCGCACAUAGCAGGUGUGGAGGCACCCUCGCCGUGCAAGAACUGCAGAAAGGGCCAUGAGACACGAACCGGUCAAGGCACCUCUAGCUCUCUACACACCACACAACAGCACCCUGGCAACCACUCAAUGCAGACGCCUAGUGCACCUUCACCUCAUGAUACAUAUGGCGUCGGCUCCCCAUUGAACCUAGCGCCUCAAUCACACAACGGCCUACCCGGCACCAUGAACUUCAACUCGUCAGCCAUGAAUGGCAACAUGAACCAUAGCGGCGGCAGCACCCAGGAUGCAGCCGUGCGACUUACCCUCGAGCGCUCGCUGCAGGAGCUCCGCAAUGCGGACAGGAAACAGCGCCAGCUGCUCAAGAUUGAGCUGACCACCAAACAGCUGGCCCUGCAGAUCGUCGAGUACGAGGAUAUGGUUGCGCACGAAGGUCGUUUGACCACGCCUACCAAAUCCCCGCAUCGACUUUGGGGUCAAGCCGGGAUUCCUGCCACUCCAGCCUCAACAGUCGAGGGCGCUUUCCGGAAGGCGCGCCCGCGGUCAAGCCGCCAGAAGAAGCCGAAGAAGCAGGAGAAUCAAGAGAAUCCGCAGCGGGUGCUGCUGCAGUAUCAGGAGCAGCAAGAGGAGCAGAAGGAUUCUUCCUACCUUUGUGACCCUCUGCUAUUCCAGAGCAGCUACCAAGAUUUUGAUUAUCAGCAACAUCAUGGCACCCUCAAAUUUUAUCAGCCGCUUACACCUCUGAGCGACGGCCAGUAUUUCGAUCAGCAGCAGGAGGCCAAUUUCGACUUUUACGAGCUGAUCACAUUUCACAACAGCGAAUACCUCGAUCCCGAACUGGCCUUGUGUUAA